UUGGCCAAAGUUAAAUCAACUCUGUACACUAACAGCAUGGCUGAUGCAUCGGAAAAGUGUGCGAGAAUUAUUGCUGUGGCAGUGGAUCACAGUGAAUGGAGCGAACAAGCUUUUGAAUGGUUUAUGGAGAAUAUCUACCAUGAAGAAGACAAAAUCAUUUUAAUACAUGUAGUGGAACAACUGCAUCUUCCAUUUCUAGCUGGUAUGAAAACAAUAGCUGUAGUCAAGUGUCUCAUAAUGUACAAUUAUGGACAAAAGUCUUGGGACAAAUUUGCACUUUUGGUGCUUUUGGGCACACGCCAGACACAAAUACAACUUCAGCUGCCUAACCUCACCCCCCACCCCCCAAACAAUGUUGAAAACUACUAACUGAUUUUCAACAUUGUAUU